AUGACCCUCGCUACAAGCCCAACCAUAACAGCACCAGUCUCAACACCACGAACGAAAGGUUACAACCCUCCAGAAGUGAGCUUGUCUAAAGACGGUGACAAAGUCCUUUGUAAAGCUCAUGGUCUCGAGAAAUGUACUCCAUGCAAAGUUGAUUGGACUGAACACAAUGUACUGGCUUUCGAUUUGAAACAUGUAAAAGAUCUUCCUCCUCCCAACGCUGCCAACCCUACUCGUAAUGCGCAAGUGAUACGUUUGAAAGAAGAGGGUAAUAAGUACUUCAAGAAAGAGAAUUAUAAAGAAGCGAUUCGGUUCUAUACUAUGGCUGUUGAUUUAUCGUGGAGUCGACCUCUUUGGGAGCCAUUGGCCUUUCAAUAUGUGAGAGAUGAAUUGUGUCCCGUCUUGAGUAAUCGGUCAGCUGCGUAUAUGGCUCUCAAUGAAUUUGUGAAUGCAUAUGUAGACGCAGAUAUGGUGACGCGAUUGAGACGGGAAUGGAGUAAAGGUUGGUUUAGAAAGGGGAAGGCUCUGGUAGGAUUGGGAAGAUUGGAUGAUGCAGCCGAAGCGUAUGAGACUGGUUUGAGAUUCGAUCAUGAAGGUGAAGAGCUGAAGAAGGCAUUGAAAGAAAUAGGACGCAACGUAGAGUAA